AUGACCGAGAUAGUUGAUUUGGAACAAGAUAUUGCUGCACUCAAAUCCGAAGUUCAAGCACUCACUAAGAAGAGGGAUGAAUUGAAAUCGAAGCCCAAACUCAAACCAAGAUCCUCCUCCACCUCAGAUCCCAUUGUGAACGAAAUUACGGAUUUGAUAACGCAAUUCCCACAGUUAAAUGAAAUCUUAUUAAGUAAACCAUCAGUCACAGAAUCGUCACGAUCAACUUCAAAUGAAGAAGAAAGUGAUAAGAAAAGGAAGUUGGAUAAUGAAAAGAUUCAGGCAUUUCAAGACGCUAAGAAAUCCAAGUUGAAUAAUGAAAAUGAUGAUUUACCUGAGCAUGAAUGGGUAUUAAAAAAUCAGCGUCCAGUGGAACACAAGAUGUUUGACACUAGUGUAGCUGAUGUUCUAAAUACAGAAAUGCUUUCUUCCCCAUCCAAGAGAAGAUUGAUCUUAAAAAACGGUCAAGAUGAAAUGGAGGAAAACAAACAUUUACAAAAAGAGUAUAGAUUGUUAGAAAAUGUCUUUAGAAUUGUUGGUAUUAGUUUCUUUGAUGCUGUUGACCCUAAUGAUUUGGAAUCUGACAUGAUUGGAAUACGGCUAGAUCCAUUCAAUCAGCCAUCAAAGGUUUACUAUAUAAUCCUGAAGAAGGAAGCAAAAAACAACAGAGAAGGUCUUUGGACCAUCAUUAAACAUACGAUUCCCAAAUAUAUUAAUGUAACGAAUACUUUUGGAGAAUCUAAAAGGGAAACAUGGAGGACAAUGAUUAAAAUUGAAAAUCAUGACGAUAUCUAUUUAUUAGCCAAAGAAGUAUAUGUAAAAUUAUUAUUAUUAUCACCAUCAUGA